ACCACUUCCAUGUAGGAUCAAAGUGACAAGACAAUUCCUUGAACUUGGCAUUUUAGAUAAAUUGCUUAAAUUGAACAUUAGAUGAAUGAAACUUUGUUUUAUCAUUGCAAGGACAAUCCUUAUUUAUUGAACAUAUAUAAUUGAUGUGAUUAUCAGGUCAACUUAAAGGAUUUUGGUACCCUUGUAGGCGACGCUUCCUGAACAGUUUCGUGCUGAUGAACACGUCUACUCGACAGCAGUCUGCUGACUGUCAUUUUGUGGGACUGAAACUCUGAUUUAAUAAUCGCUCGCUCGUUUGUUGGUGCCGAGGACCAAUAGCAACUUGCCAAGUGCCUGCUAUGACGUGGAGGUUGGGGCGUGCCCAAGCAUUGCUGGCGGUGAUGCUGCUCCUGGGUUCUCCGUCUCUCGCUGAAGAGUAUCAUGUAGAUGCGAUUUACAACAUCAGUGUUGGCCAUGCAAUGCGUCUGCCCUGUGAUGAUGUUGAAAAUGGUGAAAGUCGAAAUGUGAUGUGGAGACGAAAGGGGGGUGUUCCCCUGGAUACGGACGCCGGGGUGGAGGUCAGGGGAAAUGCUAUAUGGUUCCUACCUGCUCAAGCCAAGCACAGCGGAGUAUAUGAGUGCAAUGGUACUUAUCCCUUUCACAUACAGCUUAAUGUGGACAGUGGGUCCUGUCCUGAAGCAGAUUUUGAUGUUGAUCGGACACUGCAUACCAGCGGUAUACUGAAUUGUAGAGUGAACCACAUCUCAAGAUUCAUUAAUACCACCAUUACCUGGCUGAAGGAAUGUAAGCCUUUGGAGAAAGACCACAUCUUCAUCAAGCCGACUCAGCUCAGGCUCAAAUCUGUGGAAAAGACGGAUGCUGGAAACUACACCUGUGUGCUCCACUUCAAUCGUGAGGGCAGGAACUACACCUCCGCCCGCACCACCCGACUCCAAGUUCAUGUUAUUACAGAACCGAGUAAACCACAGAUCAUCGUCCCUGCUAACGAGACGCGAGUCGUGGAGAUGGGUUCUCGGCAAGAGUUGCGGUGUGAGGUCAUUGCAGUAUCUGAUGAAUUCACUACUGUUAUGUGGAAUAUAAGUGACUCGGACUCGGACUCGGACUUCAACAUCAGUAAAGUAGACAUUGAGGGCAGACAUGUGACCACUCUGACAAUCUUCAAGGUUCAGCCAAAGUUUCUCGAGGUCCCAUUUAUCUGCGUGGCUCAAAACAGCAUGGGCUUAACCAGAAGCCAAAUACUGCUAACGCAAGCCAAUCACAGAAGCUUUUACUGGCUGGUGGUGGUGGUUUCUCUGUGUGGACUGGUGAUGUUGGGCGUGCUGCUUUACCGGUUCUUCAAAUUGGACCUGGUGCUGUUCUACCGCUCCCACUGUCCCAGACUGCACCAGCACAGCGGUUUACUCGACAGCAGUCUGCUGACUCAUUUUGUGGGACUGAAACUCGGAUUUAAUAAUUGCUCGCUCGUUCGUUGGUGCCGAGGACCAAUAGCAACUUGCCAAGUGCCUGCUAUGACGUGGAGGUUGGGGCGUGCCCAAGCAUUGCUGGCGGUGAUGCUGCUCCUGGGUUCUCCGUCUCUCGCUGAAAAGUAUCAUGUAGAUGUGACUUACAACAUCAUUGUUGGCCAUGCAAUGCGUCUGCCCUGUGGUGAUGCUGAAAAUGGUGAAAUUCGAAAUGUGAUGUGGAGACGAAAGGGGGGUGUUCCCCUGGAUACGGACGCCGGGGUGGAGGUCAGGGGAAAUGCUAUAUGGUUCCUACCUGCUCAAGCCAAGCACAGCGGAGUAUAUGAGUGCAAUGGUACUUAUCCCUUUCACAUACAGCUUAAUGUGGACAGUGGGUCCUGUCCUGAAGCAGAUUUUGAUGUUGGUCGGACACUGCAUACCAGCGGUAUACUGAAUUGUAGAGUGAACCACAUCUCAAGAUUCAUUAAUACCACCAUUACCUGGCUGAAGGAAUGUAAGCCUUUGGAGAAAGACCACAUCUUUAUCAAGCCGACUCGGCUCAGAAUCAAAUCUGUGGAAAAGACGGAUGCUGGAAACUACACCUGUAUGCUCCACUUCAAUCGUGAGGGCAGGAACUACACCUCCGCCCGCACCACCCGACUCAAAGUUCAUGUUAUUACAGAACCGAGUAAACCACAGAUCAUCGUCCCUGCUAACGAGACGCGAGUCGUGGAGAUGGGUUCUCGGCAAGAGUUGCGUUGUGAGGUCAUUGCAGUAUCUGAUGAAUCCACUAAUGUUAUGUGGAAUAUAAGUGACUCGGACUCGGACUUCAACAUCAGUAAAGUAGACAUUGAGGGCAAACAUGUGACCACUCUGACAAUCUUCAAGGUUCAGCCAAAGUUUCUCGAGGUCCCAUUUAUCUGCGUGGCUCAAAACAGCAUGGGCUUAACCAGAAGCCAAAUACUGCUAACGCAAGCCAAUCACAGAAGCUUUUACUGGCUGGUGGUGGUGGUUUCUCUGUGUGGACUGGUGAUGUUGGGCGUGCUGCUUUACCGGUUCUUCAAAUUGGACCUGGUGCUGUUCUACCGCUCCCACUGUCCCAGACUGCACCAGCGCAGCGGACCACUACACUGCACUGUCCCAGGCUCUGUCAGCAUGCUGCAUGGCAUUUCCAUGGCAAUGACCUUUGCUCUUCGGAUUCUUCCUGAGGUUCUGGAGAAUAAGCACGGCUACAAGCUGUUCAUCAGGGGCAGAGAUGACAGUCUAGGUGAAGAGGUGUUUGACGUCAUUGAGGAUGCUCUGAAGAAAAGCCGCAGGUUUGUCAUAGUGCUGGAUGGAGACACACACACGGCCACCGAUGCUCCAACACACACUGAGCCCAACACACACACGCACAUGGCAACCCAUGCUCUCACACACAACGAGACAGACACACACACACACGCCGACAGGGAAACACACACAAGCAUUUCAGCAGAAACAAUCACAGGCACUGACGGACCCAUGCUGUUGGACACACACACACACACACACACAGUGCCCCAGGCAGUGAGCAGUGUGUGUGUGGAGGGCUUUGAGCAGAGCGUGGGGUUGUAUGAUGCGCUGGUGAGCUCUGGGCCCAAGGUCAUUGUCAUCCAGACGGGCCAGGGGGAGAUCACUCUGCCCCCCUCUCUAAGUCUGCACACACACUCCAAACGGACGCUCCGCUGGCGCACACACACACACACACACUCGCAGAGAAGAUUCUGGAAGAAGCUGAGGUACCUCAUGCCGGUUGCCCAGAGGCCCAGUCACAAACCCUACCUCGCAUAAAGGCAUUUUUGCUCUCACAGGUACAGUCUGUGAUUCUGGCAAAAGGUUUUUGAUAUUUGAGCUCAACAACCAGUUAAAUGACAUGAGCCCUCCCCUUCCUGUGCUGCCGAGGCAGUGUCUGUAUUGGCUGGAGGUGUGUAUGGCUCAGUCCCAGACACUUUCUGUGUUUCCCAGUUACAAAGUAAGGACUUCUAAAACACCAGAGGUUUUUUUUUGUGCAAAAUCGGGGACGCAACGCAGCCUUUGUGAAUUACGCCCCAAAGCUAUGGAACAUACUGCCUAUAGAUAUCAGGGAAGCCAGCUCUCUAAACAUUUUUAACAUUUCAUUCUCUUCACCAUAGCCUUUAACUAGCUAUGACUUCGCACUAUACAGUAUAUAUAUGGUCAAUUUACCCAAAAAAGUGUAUUCAUACAUUAUUCUAGGUGCUCUGGUAAAAAAGUUACUUUUACAAGAUGGUGCCGGUGGCCAUUUUGGAUUUGGCCCUCUAGCAAAAAAUGCUGACAUUUUUGCGAGGGACAUGGGGGCUACAUUUU